AUGAUGCAUGGCCCCUGUGGGAAAGACAGGAAAAAUUCUCCGUGCAUGGAAGAUGGUGUCUGUACUAAGAAGUUCCCCCGCAGCUAUGUCCCGCACACCCAAGUCAACGACACUGGUUACAUCGUCUAUAAGCGCCGGAACACAGAUCAGUCCGUUCAGAAGGGAAACAUAAAGCUAGAUAACCAGUUUGUCGUCCCACACAACAUCGAGAUACUGAAAAAAUACAAGGCGCAUGUCAACGUCGAAUGGUGCAACAAAUCAAGCGCCAUCAAAUAUCUCUUCAAGUACAUUACAAAAGGUGUUGAUAGAGCCGCAUUCAAGUUCGUAAAGAACACAGAUCAGACUGGUCCCUCUGGUAGUAAAAAAGGAAAGCCAAGGAAUGAGAUAGAUGAUUUUAUUGAGGGUAGGUACCUUUCAGCCUGUGAAUCAAUGUGGAGAAUAUUUGCUUUCGACAUUCACCACAACACCCCAGCGGUACAGAAGUUGCCAGUCCACCUUCCUGGAGAACAGACGGCUAUUUUUGAUGAGGAUGAAGACCUUGAGGAUGUCCAGACCCGGUACCUACAUGGGAGAACAAUGUUAACCGAGUGGUUCGAAAUGAACAGACUCUACGAGGAGGUUAGGAAAAUAAAAUACAUCGAGAUGCUGCUUUAUUUUGUGUGGGACAAUUCAAACAAAAUUUACACAAGAAGAAAGCAGAGAGGAAGCAUUGGGAGAAUCGUCAACAUAAACCCAGCAGCUGGCGACAAAUAUUACCUUGGCAUUUUGGUGAGCCUGCUUCGAGGCCCUACAAGCUAUGAUGAUCUGUACACAGUGGGUGACAUCAAGUAUGAUUCUUUCCAAGAAGCCUGCUAUGCAAGAGGCUUGCUCGGGUCAGACAAGGACUGGCAUGAUUCAAUGUCGGAUGCAUCACAGUUCUCAUCUCCAAGAAGUCUUCGUUAUCUUUUUGUGCUCAUCCUCGUCUUUUGUCAAGUCUCAGAUCCACAAAAACUUUGGGAACACUCUUGGCAGGACAUGGCAGAAGAUGUGCUCAUGCACCAGAGACGUGUGCUUAGAUUCCCUGGCCUUCAGCUGACACCAUGCGAACUCCAGCAUUACACUCUCAUCGAGAUAGAAAGCAUGUUACAAGGUUUUGAGAAGUCAUUGACUCAGUUCACGGGAAUGCCACUUCCUAACAAAGGUAUUAUGGAUGACAUGAAAAAAAAAGCAAUGGAGAAGCACAACCACUUUGACAUAACCGAGGAAGCCAGGACCCACCAGAAGCUUUUUGAUAAACUCAACCAGCAACAACAAGCAGUCUAUGAUGCAGUGAUCAAGUCCGUGUAUGAGAACGAAGGCAAGCUUUUCUUUCUUUAUGGAGCAGGAGGUACAGGUAAAACAUUUCUGUACCGAACAAUCAUCGCAGCUUUAAGAUCGAGAAGAAAGAAGGUGAUCCCAGUAGCAUCCUCCGCCAUUGCCGCUCUUCUCUUACCUGGAGGACGAACAGCACAUUCAAGAUUCGGUAUCCCACUCAAGCUUUACGAAGACACCUACUGCGAAGUUAAACCCGGAACAGUCUUAGGAAACUUCCUAGGCGAAUCAGACCUGAUCAUCUGGGACGAAGCACCUAUGGCACAUCGCCACGCGUUUGAAGCUGUUGAUCGUACUCUCAAAGAUAUUUUGUCUGUCUCAGAUCCAUCGGCAUCAACGAAACCUUUUGGUGGCAAGACCAUUCUUCUAGGAGGUGACUUCCGCCAGAUAUUGCCAGUAAUCCCACAAGGAACAAGACCAGAAACAGUCAACGCAGCUCUUAAUCGUUCGCUCUUAUGGAGAAACUGCGAGAUAUUCCUUCUCACACAGAACAUGCGUGUAGAUCCGGAUGAAAAGGCUUUCGCAGACUGGAUUCUUCAGGUUGGUGAUGGCAGAGCAGAAGCAGAACAUCAGCUAAUGUCCAACAGUGAAACACCAGAAGAUCAAAUAUUCAUAGACAACACUGUUCUACUCCCUGUCAAUUCAGACCCUUUGGAGACACUUUGCUCUUCUGCAUUUUCGGAUUUUGCAAAUGACUACACAGAUCGGCAAAAACUCAGGGAAACAGCCAUCUUGACACCAAGAAAUGUCACGGUUGACGAGAUCAACAAUUAUCUGGUGUCUCAAGUUUACCAGCUCAUAAGCUACGUCUCAAAGUGGGUGUCCCAGUCAUGCUCCUGCGUAACCUGA